UCUCUUGAUUGAACACUCGUCGAUAGAUCGAUCGCUCGGCCUCAAACCUUAGGAGGAUACGCGAGAUUCUUCUUCAGUUACAUCGUUUUUUCCGAUUAUGAGCUCGAGUUCUUCGUUGAAUCGAACAAUAUUUUCAAAAUAUUAGUCUAAUGUUUCACAUUACUAAUAAACAAGAAACUCACUAAAUCGUCUGAAGUCAUGCUUGUUGAUCUUUAAACUUAGUUCUUAUAAUUUGAAAGUCAUGUUUUGUGUUCCUCAGGUGUACCCCUUUCCAGAUCAUCCAUGUCAUUGGGAACUUUUGUAGGAUAUGGUCAGUUUAUUCUAUGUACCGCUACUUGAAUCAGACUGGAGCGCCUGUUGUUCUCUUCCUCUUCUGCUGUCUCAUGCCGUCAUCCAUCAUCUUCUUGAUACUUCAUCAUCCAUGGAAAGGAAGGGCACUUUCCAAUCAACAGAUUGUACCUUCUCUUAUCAAUGGGGUCAUCACAGCUCUCUACUUCAUCUUGUGGGGACAAGGUCUUAAGCCUUGUGGACCGCUUAGAGCUAUCUUGUCAGAGUACUCUGGUGCUGUUUUUGGAGUACUUUCUGGAGUACUAUACGUACGAAGAGGCCAUGUCUGGCAAAAGGUAGGUGGCCUUAUUGCAAUGCUGGUAGCUCUGUUUUUCUUGUCUCAAGGAUGGGCGACAUCAUCUCUCUCUCCGUUUUCCUCAAAAGAUAGUACGGAAAUCAAAGAGGAAGAAGUAUUGUUAGCACAAGCACUAGGGCUGCUCGGAAUGAUGAUGCCCGUUUUUGCUGGAAUCUUAUCUGCAUUAAGGCGAGUUAUUGCGCGGCGUGUUUCUCUUAAGAACCAGCGGAAGAAACGACUUCAUGCGAUAACCAUUACUUCUGCAACAUGUUUCUUGUUUCCUUUGGCGAUGUGGGACCUUGUCAUAGGGACGUCUUCAGGGAAAACAGUCGAGCUGCCAUUUUCUGUGUGGGCUUUCCUUAGCACCAUUGCUUUCGGGAUCAUUCUAAUAUUCUACGUUGACAAUAUCGCAGAACAGAGAUUGCAUAUGGUGUUUUCUUCCCCAAGACAUUUAAUGGUAGCAGGAGCAUGCAUAAUCGUCAUGGAGAUUGCUUACGAGAUGGACUUUUCUCUUCCUGGUUUCAUUGUCUGUUGCUUAGUGUUAGGGUUUGGAAUAUUCGAAGCAACAUCUCUAGAACGAAGCAAGAAAGACUCUUCCAUAAAAUCAGAAGAUCAGUCAAACGGAGUCCUUGAUAGCGACUUUGAUACUUCUCCAAUUCUUCCAAUAUAGACAGAAGAUGUAAGAAAAAAGGUUGUAAGGAAGCAGUUUAUAGAUCGAAGGACGGAUCAGUGAAUGGGUCACCAUUAGAUACUCAUGAAAAUUGAGAUGGUGAUAUGGACAAAUAAAAUUUUAGAAUCAUGAGGAAGGGUUGAGAAUGGGGAGAAGAAAAUCAUGGAAAGCAAAAAGUUAAAGGGAAAGUGAUGUGAUUGCGAAAAUAUGGUGAGAACAUAUGGAAGUGAACGAUCCAAAGAAUCAGGAGUUGUAAAUCAACAGUGGAGAGUAGAAAGGAGAGUACUGCAUGAGAUGAAAGGCAUGAGUCGAGGAUGGCAACUUGAGUGGUAUCAUGAAGAGAAACGGUAUUUAGAGGACGUAUACGUAAAGAGAAAGUAGUAGGAAAAUGAGAGAUUUACAUUCUAUGUCACUUUUUAAGUUUUUUAGGAAAAUGAGAGAUUUACAUUCUAUGUCACUUUUUAAGUUUUUAUUACAAUGUAAGUCAUUUAUGACUGCUGAGGUACUUUUCUUUAACCAAGAUAAAACCAGAAACAUCUUGUUUGGU